CCCAGGCCUCGCUGUCGCCGCGGACGCCGUUCUCGAGCUCCGAGUCGCCAUUUUGCUCCUGGACCGGCCGCCUGGGGACAGGCGCUCUCCUCCUUCGGCAGCGGAAGCUGCGGCGGGGCCGGGGCUGGGGUCGGGGCCAGGAGGAAUUUUGUUGUCAGAAACUAAAAGAAGGUUGUCGUAAUUGACUUUAAGCAGCAAACAGUAAAACACUGAGCUCUUCAGCUCCACCUUUCUUGUGCUGAGAAUUGGAAAACCAAGAAGGUUUUGAUGUUUUGUGUGGCGCCACCUGAAUCAGAAGCCAAGAUGAACAUAACCAAAGGGGGUCUGGUGUUGUUUUCAGCAAAUUCGAAUUCAUCAUGUAUGGAGCUUUCAAAGAAGAUCGCUGAGCGGCUAGGGGUGGAGAUGGGCAAAGUGCAGGUGUAUCAGGAGCCUGACCGAGAAACAAGAGUACAAAUUCAAGAAUCUGUGAGGGGAAAAGAUGUUUUCAUCAUUCAGACUGUUUCAAAGGAUGUGAAUACCACCAUCAUGGAGCUCCUGAUCAUGGUGUAUGCCUGUAAGACCUCCUGCGCCAAGAGCAUCAUCGGUGUGGUCCCCUACUUCCCCUACAGCAAGCAGUGCAAGAUGAGGAAGAGGGGCUCCAUCGUUUCCAAGCUGCUGGCCUCCAUGAUGUGCAAAGCCGGUCUGACUCAUCUCAUUACUAUGGAUUUACACCAGAAGGAAAUCCAGGGCUUCUUCAAUAUACCUGUUGACAACUUGAGAGCAUCUCCCUUCCUCUUACAGUACAUUCAGGAGGAGAUCCCAGACUACAGGAACGCCGUCAUCGUGGCCAAGUCUCCGGCCUCAGCCAAGAGGGCCCAGUCUUUCGCCGAGCGCCUGCGUUUGGGCAUUGCGGUGAUUCAUGGAGAAGCACAGGACGCCGAGUCCGACCUGGUGGAUGGGCGGCACUCCCCGCCUAUGGUCAGGAGCGCAGCCGCCAUCCACCCCAGCCUGGAGAUCCCCAUGCUGAUUCCUAAAGAAAAGCCCCCGAUCACAGUUGUUGGUGACGUUGGAGGCAGGAUCGCCAUCAUUGUGGAUGACAUCAUCGACGAUGUAGACAGCUUCCUGGCCGCUGCAGAGACCCUAAAGGAGAGGGGUGCAUAUAAGAUCUUCGUGAUGGCGACCCACGGCCUGCUGUCCUCCGACGCCCCCCGGCUGAUCGAGGAGUCUGCCAUCGAUGAGGUGGUGGUUACCAAUACAAUUCCACAUGAAAUCCAGAAGCUCCAGUGCCCCAAAAUCAAAACUGUGGAUAUCAGCAUGACCCUCUCAGAAGCCAUCCGUCGGAUUCACAAUGGGCCCUGCACGUUCAUGGCACAUAGUCACUUGACUGCGGCAGGAGAGGAGUUGGGACACCAGCAUGAGCCUCUGGGGUCAGGGUUUUAUGGAAGUGUGUGAUGACUCACUAGCUGACCACUAAGCUGACUGUCCAGAGAUUUCAGUUGCCACAAACAAUGAAGAAUGCAGACUUUACAGAAUCAGUUGAGAAGAGCAGACAGACCCUGUGGAUAGAGAAGACCCUGAUUUCCAUCACCUUAUAAUAUUAGAAAUAGCAGUUUUCAACAAGAAGAAGUUCCGAGGCAUCUAAAGAAACAAGGUUGCACCCAUAUACAGGGUCUUCCUUGAGGAAGCUCAGACUUUAAAUGUACUAGACAAAGACUUUAAAUCAUUUAUUUUAAACAUGCUCAAAAAACUAAAGGAAAGUAUAGGAAUUAUAUGUCACUGAAUGGAGGAUAUCAAUAUAGAGGAAUAAUAAAAGUGAAUCAAAUGGGGAGGAUUUGUGGAAGAUGGUGGAAUAGGAAGCACCAGGAAUCUCCCCAUCUAAACAGUGGCAAAUCCAUUUAAUGAUUUUGGAACUCUGGAGUCUUGAAGGUUUGCAACUUCCAGGGAAAGUGUUAGACAGUAAAUGUAGCUAACUUUUGUCAAAUCCAGCUCUUAGUAAAGUUGCCGAUACCUGACCCACACUUCCAACCCUGUGGCAGGCAGCUCUGUAGAAAAUAUAAAUCAAGAACAACUCUCCCAACUCAUUACUAAUAAGUGAUUCUAGCAAGAUUGUAGGAUAAAAGUCAAUUGCUUUCCUGUAUACCAGCAAAGAACAAGUGGCAUUUGAAGAUAAAAAUACAAAACCAUAUACACUAGCACCACAAAAAUGAAAUAUUAAGUAUAAAUCUAAUAAAAUAGGCAUAAAAUCUAUGUAAGGGAAACUACAAAACAUGAAGCAAAUUUUAAAAAACUAAAAGGAGAAAUAGCCUAUGUUUAUGGAUAGGAAGACUUGUCAACAUGUCAGUGCUUUACAGUUUGGUCUAAAGAUUCAAUGAAAUUUCAGUAAAGAUUCCACCAGAUCAUUUCUUGAAUUUUGUCAAACUGAUUCUAAAGUUUACAUGGAGAGGUAGAAGAUUCAGAAUAGCCAAGGCAAUAAUUGAAGGAAAAGAACACAUUCACACUACCUCUCUUCAAGCCAGCUGUAAAGCUGCCAUAAUUAGGAGUGUGGUGGGACUUCCUGGGUGGGCCAGUGGUUUAAGACUGCAUGUCCACUUCAGGGGGUGUGGGUUUGACCCCAGGUCAGGGAACUAAGAUCCCACAUGCCCUAUGGCAAAGCCAAAAACAACAAAAUAUUGUUGAAAAGACAGAUCAGUUGAACAGAAUAGAGAAUGCUCAUAAACAGACCCACAGAAAAAUAGUUAACCAAUCUUUACAAAGGACCAAAGGCAACACAGUGGACCAAAAAUAUUUUCAACAAAUGGGGCUUAAAUAACUGGAUGACAGUGUGAAAGUGUUAGUCACUCAGUCAUGUCCAGCUUUUUGCGACCCCAGGGACUGUAGCCCCCCAGGCUCCUCUG